AUGCCAGAGCCCGAUGGUUCUACAGGCAAGUGCUUUGAGAUGGUCGAGUACACGACGACGGAAUGUCAUAAGACUGCUGGGGGAUCUGUUCAACGUUUCUGCAAGUGCGAGGGCGACGGCGCCGUCCAACCUCCGUGCCCCGGCAGUGACGUCGCGGAUCCCGUCACGGAUCCCGCUGCGGCGCCUGCGUGCGAGCGCCGGGGCAGUGGCUGCGAGAUCGAGUGCACGGAGAGCGACUUCUUAGCAGAGUGCGACGGCACAUCGUGUUGCGAGCUCUUCCAGCAGGCCCUCGUGGAGCUCGGCGCUGGCGGCGACAGCUCGGAUCCCAGCGAGGAGGUCAGCUGCAGCAAGGUCCACGAGAUCAUGGCGAACGAGUGCAGUUCGUGUGCGGCGUGUGCGCGGCCCGGGAGGAGGAGGGCGGCGCGAGGCUCCUGA